CGGCCAAUUGGGCACCACCAUGGUGUGCAUGUCCAAGUUGCUUUGCUUGCUCCUUCCUCAUUCACCACCGACAGGCUACAGGAUACUUCACCAUGUCAGGACUACAGUUCGGACUCAACAUCAAGAAAAAGGGCCCCGUACUCGCCAAACCAAAGCCAGCAGCAAGCCGACCUCUAGGCGGCCGCAGUGCCUUUGGCAACCGCAGCUCCGACGAAGACAACCUCGACGACGACGAAGACACCACUACCACGACCCCCUCCUCCUUCUCAAGACCAAACCCCACCACCUCUUCCUCCUCCACUGCAUCUGUCAACAAAGCUCUCCGCCCAUACGCAACUGCGGCCGUUCAAUCCACCGCCGUGAUCGAGCAACAGAAUGCGGCUCUGGCGGAGGAUCCGACCAUUUUCGACUAUGACGGCGUUUACGACCAACUCAAGGCUGCGGACCGAGCCCGUGAACUCGCCCGCAAACAGGACUCUGCCGACCGGAAACCCAAAUACGUCGCCGCUUUACUUCAAGCUGCCGAGACCCGGAAACGGGAUCGGUUACUUGCAGAGGAACGACGGCUAGAACGAGAGCGCGAGAAGGAAGGAGAGGAGUUCAAGGACAAGGACAUGUUUAUCACACCGGCAUACAAGGCUCAGAAGGAAGCCAUGCGGUUAGAAGAGGAAGCGGAUCGCAAGCGGGAAGAGACAUUAGCCAAGGAUAAGGAUGGCUCGUUGAUGCAGGGCUUCUAUCGGUCGUUGCUGGAUGAGCGGACAAAGUUGAGACCCUCGGGUGCGGAUCUGAUGGCAGCACAGAGUAUGAUCGCAGGAGAUACAAAGGCACUCAAGGUUCUGGAGGAGGAGAAGAAGUCGGAAGAGCUCGAGGUCCGUGAGCGAGCAAAGGAGGCUCAGGCGCGAGGAAUCAAAGUCGCUGUAAACGAUGAGGGCGAAGUCAUCAACAAGCGGGAGUUGCUCAAGGGUGGACUCAACAUUAUUAAAAAGAAACCAACAGCCACUUCCUCUUCGUCCUCUACCUUGGAUCGUGGAUCGCGCGACAGGUAUGACCGCGAACGAGAGUAUGCUGCAUAUAAGGACGCAAAGUACCGGUCUUCGUCUUCACGCCAUGGAAGGGAUGACCGUGAUGAUGCAAGCAAGGAUCAGCGGGCGAGGAUGACAGAGCAGAUCGAACACCAGCUGUUGGAGCAGCAGAAGAAGGAGGAGGAGGAAGAGAGGAAGAGACAGGAGGCGAUCCGCGAAGCGCUUAAGCGGAAAAACCAGGACGAUCAGGUCAUGGAUGCUAAGGCUCGUUACUUAGCAAGAAAGGCAGCGACAGCGACAGCAGGAAAGACGGGCUCUUGAACGCACCAAAUAAACAUGCUGAAAAACACGUAUACUUUUGAAAC